UCAAAAAAGAGAUAGUACAUGAGAGUGAACUUUUGAACUGAGGGGGCAAAAAUUUACUUUCUUCUCGCAUUUUAGGGUUUAUAGAAUCAGUAUUUUCCUCUGUUCCAAUUCGGAGAGGAAAAGGAAAAUGGCAGCUAACAAGAGAAUGAGAAGUAAAGAAAUUGACAGGAUCAGUGAGUUACCGGACUGUCUUCUUCAUCAGAUUUUCUGUUUCUUGGACUCAAUUGAUGUUGUCAAAACUUGUAUUUUGUCUAAAAGAUGGAGGUACUUAUGGGCUUCUUCUCCCUAUCUUAAUUUCAAAUUUAUCAACUUUUAUAGCUCAAAAAAGAAAUAUUUCAUCAACUUUAUCAAUCAAUUUCUUCUGCGUCGAAAUUCAAUACCUAUUCAUAGAUUUAUCUAUCAUGUAGAUUUUCAUGUUGAAGCUAGUAUGGUUGAAUCUUGGAUAUGUUAUGCAGUUAAACAUCAGGUUCAACACCUUACAUUACAACCCUUUUAUCCUAAAUUGGGCACGCGGUUUCCUUUUUAUUUUGGUGGUUGUACAUCAUUAACAACUCUCAAACUCGAUGCCUCUCAUUAUGAAAGCAGACCAUUGCCUGAAAGUUUGGAGUUACCCUCUUUGAAAAAUUUGCACCUUAUUGGUUUUGAACGUUGUGAUGGGAGUAUAUUUUCGAGUUUUCUGAAUUUGGAGACUUUAAAACUUGAAGACAUGUGCUUUAAGGGUAUUCAAAUUUUUGGUCUUUGUGCUCUGAAUCUGAAAAGCUUUGAUUUUGUAAAUAAUCCAGAAGAGCCUUUUUCCCGUUGUGACUUUGUUAUUGUGGCUCCGAAGCUUAGGAAAUUCAGGUUUAACGGCUAUCCUCCCUUUGUCUGCUCUACCAAAAAUCUUUGUUCUCUAGAUCUAUUUGAAAUUGAUCUGCCAUACAACUUUGAAUUCGAAUUGAAGGACGUCUAUUUUACGGAAGAGCUAAAGCAAGUUUUUGCUUGCGAAGUGCUCCAAAUGAUUAAUGCAUUUCAUAUUGCGAAAUCCAUCACAUUAUCCAUGAGGGUCAUUCAGGUUCUAUCCCACAUUCCUUCUUUGCUGAAAGAGCGCCGUUCACUGUUUCUAAAUCUGAAGUCUCUGAAGGUGAAGAGUGAUAAUUUUUUCAAGUACGUCAAGAUAUCUAGCUUUAUCUUAGAUUACUUUCUUAAGGACUAUUCAUUGCUGCAAAUUGUUGGUAAUAGUUACAAAGGUUAUUAAAGAAACCCUUGUUCCCGUAAGUCAUUUUAAUUGAUUUUCGUCAAGUUAUCGACGGUAAUAGGAUUAUCACUUUUCUGAUAAAAAUUAUGGUGAAUGAUUAUUUUAA